CAUGUCUGACUUGUGUUCCAGUGUGUGGUUGGAUUGGCCCGGACAGCCUGGGUAAGACCCUGACACAUGAACACCUGGUGGCAGACUUCUCCUGCUUCCAGUCCAAGUCGUCCCAGCAUGCACCUCACCUGGGCAAUGUGUCCUUUACGAUGGAGAAUCUGGGAUUCAUCAGACAACAUCCGUACAACUUCGCAGAAAACCUCAAUCUCCAUGGGGAGGAGAAUCACAUGGUGGAAGAGCUGAACUUCUUCAAGCAGAAUGGAGGCUCUUCCGUUGUCGAAUGCACCAUCCUCGGGCUGAGCAGAGAUGUUGGGAAGCUGAAGAAAAUCUCCAUGGAAACAGGAGUGAAUGUUAUCUGUGGUGCAGGUUAUUACACGGCCAACACCCACCCCUCCAACAUGGACAGCCUUACACAAGAACAGCUGGUGUCUACCAUGGUCAACGACAUCACCCAGGGGGCUGAUGGGACUGACGUCAGGUGUGGGGUGAUUGGGGAGAUCGGGUGCUCUUGGCCAAUGACAGACAAUGAAAGGAAAGUUCUCAAGGCCACGGCCAUCGCACAGAGUGAGACAGGUUGUCCUGUCAUCAUCCAUCCAGGAAGGCACACAAACGCCCCCUCUGAGAUCAUUCGUGUACUGCAGGAAGCUGGUGGUGACGUCGGCGCAACGGUGAUGUCACAUAUUGACCGUACGUUUUUCGAGCCGGAGGAUGUUCUGGAGUUUGCCUCGCUGGGCAGCUACCUAGAGUGGGAUUUCUUCGGACUGGAGGUGUCCCACUGCCAGUGGGCAGACAUAGACAUGCCGAACGACGCCAUGAGGAUCAAAAUGAUCCGCCAGGUGCUGGAGGAGGGACAUGCUGACAAAGUGGUCAUCUCUCACGAUGUGGACACCAAACAUCGACUGAUGCACUACGGAGGUCACGGCUACUCCCACAUCCUACUGAAUGUUGUACCCAUGAUGCUAGACAGAGGAAUAUCCCAGGAAGACAUCAACAAGAUUCUCGUUGAGAAUCCCAAACAAUGGCUAGUCUUUAAGUAGAGUAAACAUCGAACUGUCCCGCGUAAAAAUAUGUGUUCAGGAUUCAAAACUAGUUACAUGUAAUUAGAUUGUAUACGUUUGCCGCGUGGGUUUUGACUCGAACAACCUUUUCCAUACUAUAAACGUUGCAUUUUCUAGUUUUUAUAAUUUACUAUUCGCACCUCUGUAGCAAGCAUCUGGAAUCAGCCAAUUAAGGCUGUAUAGCAAACUACAAAUAGUCCGAUAUGAUAUGCAGACAAAGUAACUACACUGCUCGUCAAGAAUUUGACAUAGCAGUUGUUGAUAAACCUUCGUUAUUGACAAUUCCUCUGUAAUUGUGAUAUUCCAACUGUUCUGAAUGCAAUAAAAUGCACAGGAUAUUACACCCAGUGAGGCCGGAAUGGAGAUACUGA